GGGUUCUUCCAAAAAGGUACGACUCCUCGUGUUACUUGAGGUAAGUACAUCGAUUAAUUGCCGCCACAUCAAGGAUACAAGCUGGCCGCGAGUCCAAACAGCAACUACACAGCAUCAUCAACUUGGCUACCUCAUCCUCAUUCAGCUCGAGCAUAUCAAGAAUUAAAUAGCUUCAUUCUUAUAAUUAUAAGUCUAACUUUAUACUUAAGAGCAUUCUCAAUAAUAUCAAUUAAAUCUUAUUUUCUUCUUACUAUCCUGUCUCUAACCAAGUACAUACCAAUGUUUUCGCUAUUUACCUCUAAACCUUCCGUUAUGUCAUCUAACCAAACCCCCAUCAAUGCCGUAUACUAUCCUAGCUGGCGAGUCUACAAGGGCUUCCCCCCUUCGUCUCUCCAGCUGGACUGCGUUAACCAAAUUUUCUAUGCCUUCGUCCGGCUAAACGAAGAUGGAACCCUCAAAUUGUUAGACGAGUUUGCAGACUUAACUAAAGACGUCGACGGGGAGAAGGGCUGCCUCCGUGCGCUGGCCAAGCUAAAGCAGCAAAAGCCUGAUCUCAAAACUCUAGUCUCAAUUGGUGGUGGCAGUGGCAGCGCCGAGUUUCCCGCCAUGGCCGCGCACUCUACCCAUCGGAGUACGUUUGCGAAGUCUUGCAAGGAGUUCGUAGAGCAGUACCAAUUCGACGGCAUAGAUCUUGACUGGGAGCACCCGACAACACCAGAAGCAGGUAAAAAUUACAUUGCCGUACUCCGCGCCCUAAGAGAAGUCCUGCCCUCGCCCCAAUACCUCCUUACUACCGCCCUGCCCACCGGUGAGUACUGCUUGAAGAAUAUCGACAUGCGCGCAGCGGGGAAACUCCUCGAUAGUCUAAAUCUAAUGGGCUACGACUUCAAUGGCCCAUGGACUGAUGUAUCGGGCCACCACGCACAGCUCUUACCUCAACCAGGCUCGCAAGAGCAUGUAUACCCGGCUCUGAGGCAUUCAUGCCACCGUGGUGUUGAGUACCUAGAGUCGCGGGGCUUCCCAGUUCAUAAAAUUGUGCUAGGUGUGCCAGUCUACGCAAGGUCUUUUGCUGGGGCCCGUGGGGUUGGGCACCCUUUCAAGUCAGCUGGAGAGAUUGACUACAAUGAUCUACCGCGGGAGUGGAUCAGGAAUGCAACUGUUGAUCAUCAUGUAGUGGCUGCCAGCUACGUUGACCGUGCAGGUAAGGGAUUUGUCAGCUUUGACGUCCCGGAGACGGUAAGACGGAAAGCUGAGUAUGUGAGGAGAAAGGGGCUAGCUGGGUUAUUCUACUGGACUGGUGUUGGUGAUGUUAAGGGCCCUGAGAGCCUGAUUCGGGCUGGAUAUGAAGAGCUUAGCAGGGGGUAAUCAUUGAGGCCUGUGUGGCCAUGAUGAAGGUAUGACCCUUGAUCUAAAAGACUUUAGUUUUAUAUAGACAGAGACAGAAGUAUUAGCGUAGGGGUAUGUGAUAUGUCAGAGUCAAUGCCAUGUCACGUCUAGCUUAGAGAUUCAAGUCAAAAUAGAUCAUUAUUCACGUCUAAGA